AUGAACAAUACUACUACUGCUCAAAGCAAUCAUGAUACAGGUGAUAAUGCUUGGAUGAUGACAUCUACUGCAUUAGUUUUACUUAUGACACCAGCAUUAGCUUUUUUCUAUGGUGGUCUUGUUGAUAGAAAAAAUAUUCUAAAUCAACUUUUUCUAUCAUUUAUUUGUAUGGGUAUUGUUUUUUUACAAUGGGUUUUAUUUGGUUUUUCAUUUGCAUUUGGUCCUCCUGUUAGUGUUGGUUUUGGAUCAUUUCGAUGGGCUGUAUUACGUUUUGGUGAAUAUGAUAAUACAAUCUAUAGCCCAACAUAUCCAUUAUUAACAUAUGCUGCAUAUCAAGGUACAUUUGCUAUUAUAACACCAGCUCUUAUUUCUGGUGCAAUUGUUGGUCGAAUGAAAUUAGUUCCUUAUAUGAUAUUUAUUUUUAUAUGGACAACUGUUUGUUAUGAUCCAAUGGCUCAUUGGGUAUGGGGUAGUAAUGGUUGGUUGAAACACUUGGGUACACUUGAUUUUGCUGGUGGAACAGUAGUCCAUAUCUUAUCUGGUGUAUCUGGUCUUGUUGCAUCACUUAUUCUUGGUAAACGAUCUGAUUAUGAUCCACAUAGUACUGUCGAUCAUAAUCUUCCAUUCACUAUAUUGGGUACUUGUUUACUCUGGGUUGGUUGGAAUGGUUUCAAUGCUGGUUCAGCUAAUGGAGCAGAUGGUUUAGCUGCUCUUGCUCUAAUUAAUACAAAUGCAGCAGCUGCUACUGGAUUAGUGACAUGGGUAGUUAUUGAUGCUAUUCGUGGUCAUGUAUCUAUUUCAGGUUCAUGUCUUGGUCCAAUA